AUGCCGGCUCCAUUAUCACCAGCCGUGCGUUCUUCUGUUCACCGGAAAACCAAGGACAACCAAACCAAUACGAGUUAUGGUACCAAGGUGGCUAACGGUCGAACGGUAAAUGGCGCACCUCACCAAACCAUGUAUAAUAACUUAUCGAAUCGUUACGAGGCUCUCAUACAAGAGACAUUUCCCAAAUCUUCUCCAGUCAAACCAAAGAAGUCCGUACGAAGACCAUCAACACCGCACGGAAACAAGUCCACCGACUUUAUCGAGCGCAACAGACAGGCAAUCUCAAACUAUUCAAAACAAAAAGAUGAUUCACCGCCUGUAUCUCCGCAACCAACACUCAGGCGUUCGUCAGGUGGAUCAUCCACUCGCUCAAUUACUCCUCACGGACAAUCAUCAGCAUCCGUCCGCCCAACAAGUUCUUAUCGCCAACGAUCAGUCAGUCCUCAAUCAAACAAUUUAGUUGGCAUCCUCAAGAAGAGCUUGCCCUCAUCGACAGCGACUGUUCAAUCAUCAAAGCAAUCCUCCACGAUCCGUCGCCCAACCUCACCUCCCAGCUCACCUUCGGGAUUAUCGUCUCAUAAGAUGUCCCAUGCUCUUAACAGUAACUCGCUCGAAGCUCAAGUACGUGUCAACAAGCAACUCAAGAAGCUGCUGGAUGAGCGCGAUGAGCUUUUGCGUGAGAAGGAAAAUGAGCUCGAGGAAUAUGCAGAUGUCGUGGACGCACUAAGAGAGCGCAUCUGUCAAGUCGAGGCUAGGAAUAGGGAAUUGUCCGCACAAAAUGAAUUGCUUAAAAGUAUGGUCGAAGAAGCAGAAUUGCGCAAGCAAACUGAGCAAGAUAUUCCCACAAAACUCUCCCAGAUUGCCAAGAACUAUCAAAGAGUCAAAGGUGACAAACAAGUAGCCGCUGUUGUAUCUCAGACCUCAAAACGUACCGCCAACACGACCACGUCCGCCGCUACUUCCACUGCUCAACAAUCUUCUGUCAUCUCUUCAUUGGUUGCAUCACGUCCUACUACUGCUGCCCCGGCGGCUCCAGUUGCAACUCCUCUACCGGCUACUACUACUACUCAGGUCAAAUCUUCGGUUACUCCAUCUAGACUUGCUCCUACUCCAGUCACUUCUCAUCACGUUUCAGCUGCUGCCGUACCUCUCGACCCCGAGGUGCUAGUUCAACCCUCAUUCAAUGCCGCGCGUCAUCCAGGCGGCUUUGGUUCUGAGAUGCUCAGCAAACAAUCAGAGUUUGAACACAGCCGUCAGGCCUUGGUUAAUGCUAAACGUGAAUGUCCAUUGAACAUUGUCACGGAGGAAUCUGACGAAAGCGACGAGGAAAAGAUCUUUGAGGGUGAAGCUUCUGAUGGACCGUUCUCUUCUUCAGACACUCUGUCUUCAGUUUCCGAUCGCAGUGAAUCUGAUUCUGAUAGUGAUUCUAGUCCUUCUAUCGGUAAUACUCAAUCUGAAGCCAAGAACGAUGUAAAAUCAACUUAUUUCCUCAACUCGGAUAAUUCCUCUUCUCUUGCGGACGAUAUCAAAAAAUGGAAAUCGAAUGUUUCUGCUAAAAAUGAGCUGGAUGCUAUUUGUGAGGAAGAGGACGACGAAGAUGACGAAGUCGACGUCGAAGCUCUCCGAGCAAUUAAUGCUAAACCUAAACAAUCGGCUUCAGCUUUUCCUUACUCGAUUAAAUCUCCAAUUGUAAAUCCCACAUCGAAUGCUUUGGUCACUCCUAUCUCUAAUGUCUCGGUUGGUCACACCUCUAACAAAACUUCUAACGUUGUUACUACUUCAACUCCGGUCACAAAACCUCAACGUCGCCUACGUCGCCCCCGUGCUAAUUCCACAAGUUCUUCUGAUUCUGGAAUCGGAAGUAUUCAUGAAAACGGUAAUGGUAAAAUGGUCAAAAACACAAACUACAACUUGCUUCAAAAUAAUGGACAAUCAACAACUACUUCAAACAACUCAAAUCUGGUCACACCCAACUCAUCUCUUCAAAACAACAUUGCGGUCUCAUCUUUAUCGGCUACUUUUCAAUCUAAUUUGUCGGCAUCAAAGGUCACUUCUAUCUCAUCCGGUCAAGGUUACAUAAAAUCAACAACCGAACAUCGUGAAUCUUUUUCUUCUGAAUCGUCAUCUGAUUCUUCAUUGGCUGCCUCUCAACGUGAUUUAUACGGCUCAUCGGUCACUUCAAACUCAUCUGUUUCAGCUAACUCUGGAAAAUCUCUCAACUCGGUCACAUCUCAACGUAAUAUCUCUACUGGUUCUUCAUACAGUUAUACGUCGGCUAACUCUCAAUCGAAUUCAUCGGAAUCUGCGGUCACUAACUCACAUGUAUCGGUUGUUUCAUCCGGAUACGACAAUUCCUCCAACUUUUCUAAAAACAACGCUAACUCAAACGGUUUGGUAAAACAAUCUUCCGGUUCAAAUGGUCACAAAAAUUCUUAUCCCAACUCGGUCACAUCUUCUCGCUCGGCAUCUUCUUCUGAAUUCGGCAAUUCUAUAACUAAACAAACUUCCCAAACUUCGGUCACAUCUCAAUCAUCUGCUAACAAUUCAACUGCUUCUUCCCGUUAUGGUCCAAGUUCUCGGUCAUCAUCUCAGUCAACUACGUCGUCUUUUCGGUCACCAUCUCCAUCUAGCGGCAGGUCUAGUCGUGCUCGAUCGCCUGCUCAUGAAUCUGGUCAAUCUUCUGCUUCAAACAACAAAUCAACUGCUAGUCCAAUUCCUUCACCGCCACCGCCACCAGCUUCCAAGGAUACACUUACUCAAUUGCAACACUUUAUUCGAUUACUCAGUGAAACAUGCUCUCGCGAAAACCCAUUGAAACGUUACGAUGUCAAGAAAAUGAUGGACGAAGGUUCUUCAGCCAAAGUCUAUUCAGCUCGUCAAUUAGGUUCUGAUAAUGGUGAAGAACGUGCCAUUAAAAUAGUCCCAUUGACAUACUCUCUCGAAUUCAUUUUUAAUGAAAUUUACGUCCUGAAAAAUCUCAAGCAUGAAAACAUUGUUGAUUUUAAAGAGAGUUUCUUGAAAUGGGAUGGAAAGACGCGUGAAGUAUGGCUUGUAAUGGAGAAAUGUGUUCGCGGUGAUGUUACUAGCAAGGCUGGCAAAGUCUCUCAACGAGAAGUCGGACGUAUUGCUGGAGAGCUUUUGAAAGCAUUGAAACAUUUACAUGCUCAUGGAAUUAUUCAUCGUGAUAUUAAAUUGUCCAAUAUCUUGAGCGGUGCUAACAACGAAAUCAAACUUGCUGACUUUGGUAUUUCUUCUCUGACUUCUACAUCAACGACUGGAAUGGUUGGUACAAUUCCGUAUAUGGCUCCCGACGUUGUUCUUGUCAACCCCGAUCGUCCAUAUGAUACAAAAGUCGACAUCUGGUCUUUGGGUGUUUGCAUUUUGGAAUUAUUGACUGGCAAAGCCGCAUGGGGCCGUAUUCGAGAUGAUGAGAUUAUGCUCAGAUUGCGCAAAGGUGAGAAACCGUACGGUUUUGAACGUAUGCGCAAGAAGGCCGAAUUUGGUUGGGAAGCUGUCGAUUUCUUGGAACGAUGCUUUGCGAAGGAUAGCGAGAAUAGAUUGUCAGCUGAGGAACUUCUUGAGGUUUGCAUUUAA